CAAAAAUGGAAAGUUAACUGCUAAAUUCUGCGGCGCGAAAUUCAACUACCAACUAACUGGGAAAAAAAAAAAUGGAAGGCGCGGCAGUGAAGGUAGAAGUCGACGCCGCCGCCGCCGCGGCGCCGCGGCCGAUGGAGAGCUUGUAUGAUCUGGGCACGCCGCCGUUCCUGACGAAGAUCUUCGACAUGGUGGAAGAUUCCUCGACGGAUUCGGUGAUCUCGUGGAGCGCGGCGAGGAACAGCUUCAUCGUGUGGGACCCACACGCAUUGUCCGCCGCCUUGCUCCCCAAAUUCUUCAAACAUGCCAACUUCUCCAGCUUCGUUCGACAGCUUAAUACCUACGGAUUCAGAAAAGUGGAUGCAGACAGAUGGGAGUUUGCGAACGAGGGGUUUCUUGGAGGGAAGAAGCAUCUGCUGAAGACGAUCAAGAGGAGGAGGAACACGUCGCAGAGCAGCACGUGCCAUCAAGGAGGCGGAGGCGGAGGCGGGGGAGGAGGCGGAGCUCCUUGUGUGGAUGUAGGGAGGUAUGGCAAGGAAGAGGAGGUUGAGAGGCUGAAAAGAGACCGAGACGUGUUGAUGGCGCAAGUCUUGAAGCUCAAGCAGCAGCACCGCAGCUCGAGGGAGCGUCUCCUGCUGAUUGAGGAGCGCGUGCGUGGCUCUGAGAGGAAGCAGCAGCAGAUCACGAGCUUCGUUGCCAAGGCUUUGACUAAUCCGUUGUUUCUUGAGAGACGCGUUGGGAUAGGGCAGAAGAGGCGGCUGGACAACGUUGGUGGCACGAGCUCGGAUCCCAUCACAGAUGAUGUGUUGGAGAGGCUUGAUCAAAGUGAGGGAGAGGAGACUAUAGAGUCAUUGAUCUCGGCUGCAGAUGUUGGUGGCACGAGCUCGGAUCCCAUCACAGAUGAUAUGCUGGAGAUGCUUCUAAGCGAAGAAGACGAGGAAGGGGAAGAGGUCGGAGACACGCCUUCUUGGGGCGAGGAGGAUCUGCAAGAACUUGUUGAUGAGUUGGGAUUUCUGUAGUUUGAUUUGUGCCAUGAAAAAUUUGGAUUGUGUUUA